AGAGCGCGGCGGAGCGGAGCGCCAGGCAGCGCGGAGCAGAGGCCGGGCCCACAGCCGCUCCGCCUCCCGGCCCGCAGAUCCCCGACGGCCGCACCGCGGGCUCCUCUGGCCCGCAAGAACACGUGCAUGGCGUCCUGGGGAAGGCGCUGAGUGCGGAGUCGCGGCGCCGCACGCGGCACCAUGGCCCUGGAGCAGGCGCUGCAGGCGGCGCGGCAGGGCGAGCUGGACGUGCUGAGGUCGCUGCACGCCGCAGGCCUCCUGGGGCCCUCGCUGCGCGACCCGCUGGACGCGCUACCCGUGCACCACGCGGCCCGCGCUGGGAAGCUGCACUGUCUGCGCUUCCUGGUGGAGGAAGCCGCCCUCCCCGCCGCGGCCCGCGCCCGCAACGGCGCCACACCGGCCCACGACGCCUCCGCCACCGGCCACCUCGCCUGCCUGCAGUGGCUGCUGUCGCAGGGCGGCUGCAGAGUGCAGGACAAAGACAAUUCUGGUGCCACAGUCUUGCAUCUGGCUGCCCGCUUCGGCCACCCCGAGGUGGUGAACUGGCUCUUGCAUCAUGGCGGUGGGGACCCCACCGCGGCCACAGACAUGGGCGCCCUGCCUAUCCACUAUGCUGCCGCCAAAGGAGACUUCCCCUCCCUGAGGCUUCUCGUCGGGCACUACCCUGAGGGAGUGAAUGCCCAAACCAAGAACGGUGCCACGCCCCUGUACCUGGCGUGCCAGGAGGGCCACCUGGAGGUGACCCAGUACCUGGUGCAGGAAUGCGGCGCAGACCCGCACGCGCGCGCCCACGACGGCAUGACCCCGCUGCACGCCGCGGCGCAGAUGGGCCACAGCCCAGUCAUCGUGUGGUUGGUGAGCUGCACCGACGUGAGCCUGUCCGAGCAGGACAAAGACGGCGCCACCGCCAUGCACUUCGCGGCGAGCCGCGGCCACACCAAGGUGCUCAGCUGGCUGCUGCUGCACGGCGGGGAGAUCUCGGCUGACCUGUGGGGCGGGACCCCGCUGCACGACGCCGCCGAGAACGGGGAGCUAGAGUGCUGCCAGAUCCUGGUAGUGAACGGCGCGGAGCUGGACGUCCGCGACCGCGACGGGUACACGGCCGCCGACCUGUCGGACUUCAACGGCCACAGCCACUGCACCCGCUACCUGCGCACGGUGGAGAACCUGAGCGUGGAGCACCGCGUGCUUUCCCGGGAUCCAUCCGCAGAGCUGGAGGCGAAGCAGCCGGAUUCAGGCAUGUCCUCACCCAAUACCACGGUGUCGGUCCAGCCGCUGAACUUUGACCUCAGCUCGCCUACCAGCACCCUCUCCAACUACGACUCCUGCUCCUCCAGCCACUCCAGCAUCAAGGGCCAGCACCCUCCAUGUGGGCUUUCCAGCGCUAGAGCUGCAGACAUACAGAGCUACAUGGACAUGCUGAACCCGGAGCUGGGCCUGCCUCGGGGCACGAUUGGGAAGCCCACACCCCCACCACCCCCACCCAGCUUCCCCCCGCCACCCCCGCCCCCAGGCACCCAACUGCCCCCACCCCCACCUGGCUACCCAGCUCCCAAGCCUCCUGUAGGACCACAGGCAGCUGACAUCUACAUGCAGACCAAGAACAAACUCCGCCACGUGGAGACAGAGGCCCUCAAGAAGGAGCUGAGCUCCUGCGACGGCCACGACGGGCUGCGGAGGCAGGACUCCAGCCGCAAGCCCCGCGCCUUCAGCAAGCAGCCCAGCACGGGGGACUACUACCGGCAGCUGGGCCGCUGCCCCGGCGAGACGCUGGCCGCACGCCCGGGCAUGGCGCACAGCGAGGAGGCGGCGCUGCUUCCUGGGAACCAUGUUCCUAACGGCUGCGCCGCGGACCCCAAGGCGUCCAGGGAGCUGCCACCGCCGCCCCCACCGCCGCCGCCGCCCCUGCCGGAGGCCGCGAGUUCGCCACCGCCGGCCCCGCCUCUGCCCCUCGAGAGCGCUGGCCCUGGCUGCGGGCAGCGCCGCUCCUCCUCGUCCACCGGCAGCACCAAGUCUUUCAACAUGAUGUCCCCGACGGGUGACAACUCGGAGCUACUGGCUGAGAUUAAGGCAGGCAAGAGCCUGAAGCCGACGCCGCAGAGCAAGGGGCUGACCACAGUGUUCUCAGGCAGCGGGCAGCCGGCCUUCCAGCCCGAUUCCCCGCUGCCGUCUGUGUCACCUGCACUGUCACCAGUCCAGAGCCCCACACCGCCAGCUGCGGGGUUUCAGCCGCUGCUCAAUGGAAGCUUGGUUCCCGUGCCGCCCACUACUCCUGCGCCGGGAGUGCAGCUGGACGUGGAGGCUCUCAUCCCCACGCACGAUGAGCAGGGCCGGCCCAUCCCCGAGUGGAAGCGCCAGGUGAUGGUGCGCAAGAUGCAGCUGAAGAUGCAGGAGGAGGAGGAGCAGAGGCGGAAGCUGACGGCCGCCAGCUCGUGCUGCUACCCCCGCGAGGGCUGGAGGUACUCCCGCGAGCACAACGCCAUCCUCGGGCCCUUUGGCGAGCUCAUGACCGAAGCCGACAUCCUCCGCAUCGAGCAGCAAAUCGAGAACCUGCAGGUGCUGCACAAGGCGCAGAAGCUGGAGGCGCGCCUCGAGCAACUGGAGCUGGAGCUGGAGCAGCUGCUGCCCAUCUCGGCCGCCCUGUCGGCGCCGCGCUUCACCGUCGAUCCGCGCCGAAUGCAUGGCCGCGCCGCUAGCCUGCCCGCCUGGUGCAGCAAGAUCUCCACGUUGCUCAAGAACAUGGCCACGCUGCUGGCUGCGCUGGGCGGCCGGCCUGCGCACCUGGCGGAGCUGCUGACCGCUGACACGGGCCAGCCGCUGGCGCCGCUGCCCGACGCGCCCUGGCUGCCCGGGCCGCUCUGCCUGGGUCGCUCGCACUCGCUCAGCUGGUGCCGCGAGGCUGUGGCGCGCGAGAUCCUCGAGUGCGGCGUCUCCGUGCAGCAUCUCCGCGCCACCUACGAGCUGCGCGCACGGGGCGCGGCGCCCGCGCGCUGUCCGCGCCGCAAGCCCCCGCAGUCCGCUGGCGCCCCGGGCCGGGAGCCCAUCUUGGAGGAGGACUACGUGGCGGCCCGCUCUGGCCAGCCCAGCGCCGCCGCUGCCCACGGCCCGCUGGUCGACUGGGAGCCCCUGGGCACCCUGGGCCCGCCCGAGGUACAGGAUCGCCCGGCGGCGCUGCCUGAGCCCGAGCAGCUGGCGCGCCGGCCGCCCCUCUGCACGAAGCUGCGCGGCGUCCAGGACUACCUCGACCUGCGCAAGGAGCGCAUCGUUUACCUCUUCCUGGAGCAUUGGCGCCGCUGGGCCUUCCGCGGACCAGGCCGCCGCGCCCAGGCGCGCCUACGCGGACUGCUGCCCCGCGUGGCGGCUGCCGGUGCUGGCCCGGGGCUGGAGGCCACGGACGCCCCCCGGCUGCCGGCGAGCAACAGCGAGGCCCACAGCCCCGACGAACGGCUGCGGCAGCUGCUGAGGCAGCGGCAGGCGGUGGGCAAGCUGCUGGGCCACUGGCGGAGCCUGCUGCGUCGCGUGCCGGCAAGCCCGGGCCUGGCGCACGGCCUGUACUGGCCCCAGCACUUCCUGCCGCCCCUGGACGGCGGCGCACCCCCGCACUACGACAGCCUCACGCUCGACCUCUUCAUGCUCGGCUACUUCCAGCUACUCGAGAUGGGCCUGAGCCGCGAGGAGCGCAAGUUCCGCCACCUACUGUGCUACGAGAUGUUCGACCGACUGGGCAGCCACCCGUGGGAACGCAUCCGCCUCUUCCACCGCGUGGUGCUGGAGGAGGUGGAGGCCGGCCGGCGCGGCUGGAGCGACGGCUUCGAGGACCUCAGGCACCGGUUCUUCGGAAACGGCCUGGAGGCUGAGCCGGCCCCCGAAGAACAGGCGAAGAAAAAGGAAGAGGAGGGGAAAGAACAGGAGCUGACCGAAGAGGCUGCUCCAGUUCAGACGGGGGACCCGCCUGAGGGGCAGCCCGAGGCCCUGGCCCCUGCGCCGCAGCCGCCGCCGCCGCCGCCCCCGCCCGCCGCGCCUCCCCCGACCUCAGACUCUCCUGGUUCCGAAGCCCCCGCCGAAGACCCCUUGGAACUGGUGUCUGAGAUGGGUGAGUUCAGCAACGAGGACAUCUGCCGCUACAUCGACCGCAGCUUCUCCUUCUGGAAAGAGAAGGAGGCAGAGCUGUUUGACAUCUGAGCAGCGGAAUUCGGAAUUCUCAGUUCACCCUUGAGCGUCUUAACGUGGGCCUGGACUCCUGUCUGACGCCCUCCAAAGGCUGGAAGCAGCAGGAAG